AUGGCGCCCCUCGUGGACAACCCCCAGAUCAAGGUGGCCGAGCUGUGGAAGCCUUUACCGACAUACUUCCACGCCUACGUCUGGCCCUUUGCCAUCAUCUGGCCCAUCUUCCUCCGCUACUACCUUACCGCCGAGCUCUACGAGAAGCACAUCGCAUCCGAGGAAUGGACCUUUGUGUGGAUCGGCUCCAUCGUCACCCUUCAGUCCCUCGCCUGGCUGAGCACUCACUGGAGUGUCAACCUCCAAGCUACCUUUACUGCCACCCGCGCCAAGUCAAUUGACGAGGCCGAGCUCGUCAAGAUCAUUCCUGUCGCCAACGCCGGCUCUGCCGAAAUCUGUAAAAUCAUCCGCGACAAGGUUGGCGGCAAGAUCAACACCACCUUCUUGUUCCAGAAGCGCCGCUUCAUCUACUUCCCCGAGGACAAGUCCUUCCGAACCCUCGCCUACGAUAUCGAUGCCGAGCCAAAGCCCAAGAUCGGACGCUACCAGCAGUCCAAGGGCAUCACCACCGAAGCCGAGCUGAAGAGAAUCGAAGAGCACUAUGGCGCCAACGCCUUCGACAUCCCCGUUCCUACCUUUACCGAGCUCUUCAAGGAGCACGCCGUCGCACCCUUCUUCGUCUUCCAGAUCUUCUGUGUUGGCCUGUGGAUGCUCGACGAGUACUGGUACUAUUCGCUCUUCACCCUCUUCAUGCUUGUCGCUUUCGAGAGCACCGUCGUUUGGCAGCGCCAGCGUACACUCAACGAGUUCCGUGGCAUGAGCAUUAAGCCUUAUGAUGUCUACGUAUACCGCUUGGGCAAAUGGACUGAAGUCCUGAGCGACAAGCUUCUGCCUGGCGAUCUCGUCUCCGUAGGUCGCACCAAAGAAGAUAGCGGUGUCGCCUGCGAUAUGCUGCUUGUCGAAGGAACCGCCAUUGUCAACGAGGCCAUGCUUUCUGGUGAGAGUACCCCUCUCCUGAAGGACUCCGUACAGCUUCGCCCCAGCGACGCCCCCAUCGAGCCUGAAGGCCUUGACAAGAACGCUUUCUUGUGGGGUGGUACCAAGGUUUUGCAAAUCACCCACGGCAACCCCGAUGAAGAGAAGCCCAAGCUGGCAUCCGGCGUCCCUCCUCCCCCUGACAAUGGCGCCAUGGCUAUCGUCCAAAAGACCGGCUUUGAGACCUCCCAGGGCAGCCUUGUCCGCACCAUGAUCUACUCCACCGAGCGUGUUUCCGCCAACAACGUUGAGGCUCUGCUCUUCAUCUUGUUCCUCCUCAUUUUCGCCAUCGCCGCUUCCUGGUACGUCUGGGACGAGGGUGUCAAGAAGGACCGCAAGCGCUCCAAGCUUCUGCUUGACUGCGUCUUGAUCGUCACCAGCGUCGUUCCUCCUGAACUGCCCAUGGAACUCAGUCUUGCCGUGAACACCAGUUUGGCAGCGCUGGCCAAGCUUGCCAUCUUCUGCACCGAGCCCUUCCGUAUUCCUUACGCUGGCCGCAUUGACAUCGCCUGCUUCGACAAGACUGGUACCCUCACCGGCGAGGACUUGGUUGUUGAAGGUAUUGCUGGCCUGGGACUCGGUCAGGAGGGCACGAGCACCCCUCGCGAGGCCGACGGUGCGCACUCAACCAUGACCCCCGUCAACGAAAUCCGCCUGGAUACCACUUUGGUUCUCGCUACUGCCCAUGCACUUGUCAAGCUUGACGAGGGUGAAGUCGUUGGCGACCCAAUGGAGAAGGCUACUUUGACUUCUCUCGGCUGGACUCUUGGUAGAAACGACACCCUCGCCAGCAAGCCCACCACAGCUGCUACUACUGGUGUCAGUGGAACUGUUCAGAUCAAGCGCCGCUUUCAAUUCUCCUCCGCCCUCAAGAGACAGAGUACUGUUGCCACUGUCAACGGUGCUGACAAGGCUGGCAACCGAAUCCGUGGCACUUUUGUCGCUGUCAAAGGCGCUCCUGAGACCAUCAUGAAGAGACUCUCCAUUAUCCCUGCCGACUACGAAGAGACCUACAAGUACUUUACCCGACGCGGUUCCCGUGUACUUGCACUCGCCUACAAGCAGCUUACUGUUGAUAACGAGCUCGGAGGUAGCAAGAUCAACGACCUUAAGCGCGACAACGUCGAGUCUGGACUUACUUUUGCCGGUUUCCUGGUUCUCUCCUGCCCUCUCAAGGAUGACGCGAAGCAAGCUGUCCAGAUGCUCAACGAGAGCAGCCACCGUGUCGUCAUGAUCACCGGUGACAACCCCCUUACCGCUGUCUACGUCGCCCGCGACGUUGAGAUUGUUGACCGUGAGGUUCUGAUUCUCGACGCCCCCGAGGACAACGAGGGCGGCGACAAGCUUGUCUGGCGCAGUGUUGAUGAGAAGACUAUCAUCCCUGCCGACCCCUCUAAGCCUCUUGACCCCAAGAUUCUUGAGAACAACGAUCUCUGUGUUACCGGUUACGCUCUGGCCAAGUUCAAGGACCAAGUCGGCUGGCGCCAGAUCCUCCGUCACGCCUGGGUUUACGCGCGUGUGUCGCCCAAGCAGAAGGAGGACAUUCUCGUUGGUCUCCGAGACAUGGGUUACUAUACAUUGAUGGCUGGUGACGGAACCAACGACGUCGGUGCCCUCAAGCAAGCCCACAUUGGUAUCGCUCUCCUCAACGGCACUAUGGACGACUUGACUCGCAUCGCCGAGCACUCCCGGAACACUAAGAUGAAGGAGAUUUACCAGAAGCAAGUUGACCUCAUGAAGAGGUUCAACCAACCCGCACCCCCCGUUCCCGUCAUGAUCGCCCAUCUGUACCCUCCUGGCACUAGCAACCCCCACUUCACCAAGGCUGUCGAGCGCGAGGCCCAGAAGAAGAAUAUCACCCCCGAGGAAUGGCUCAAGGCUAACGGCGUCAGCGCCAUCGAGACCGUCACUUCCCCUGGUGCUAAGCAACUUCUUAACAACAACGAUCCUAACGCUGCUCGUCAGGCCAAGGCUGCCGCCAACGCCGCUAGCUUUGCCGACAAGAUGACAUCCAGCCUGAUGGAGACCGAGAUGGGUGAUGAUGAGCCUCCUACGCUGAAGCUUGGUGAUGCCUCUGUCGCGGCUCCUUUCACCAGCAAGCUGCGCAACGUUAUUGCCGUUCCCAACAUCAUUCGCCAGGGCCGCUGCACACUCGUCGCGACCAUCCAGACAUACAAAAUUCUCGCUCUCAACUGCCUCAUUAGCGCUUACAGUUUGAGUGUGUUGUACCUCGAGGGUAUCAAGUUCGGUGACGGACAGUACACCAUCAGCGGUAUUCUGAUGAGCGUGUGCUUCUUGUCCAUCUCUCGUGCUCGCGUUGUCGAGGGUCUCUCCAAGGAGCGACCCCAGCCCAACAUUUUCAACUUUUACAUCAUUGGUUCGAUUCUUGGACAAUUCGCCGUCCACGUUGUCACUCUCAUCUACAUUGCCCGGUUCUGUGACAGACUGGAGCCCCGCUCCGGUGACGUUGAUCUCGAGGCCGAGUUCGCGCCCAGUCUCCUCAACAGCGCCGUUUACCUGCUUCAGCUCAUCCAGCAGAUUAGCACGUUCGCCAUCAACUAUCAGGGACGUCCUUUCCGUGAGGGUCUUCGCGAGAACAAGGGCAUGUUCUACGGUAUUGUCGGUGUUUCUGCCCUGGCCUUCUCCUGCUCCAUGGAGUUCAUCCCCGAGAUCAAUGAGCAGAUGAAGCUGGUCCCCUUUAGCGAUGAGUUCAAGAUGACCAUGACGGGCAUCAUGGUUAUCGACUACGCCGCCUGCUGGGUCAUUGAGGUUGUUCUCAAGAACCUCUUUUCUGACUUCCGUCCCCGCGACAUUGCUGCUCGCAGACCCGAGCAGCUGGAGCGUGAGCGCGUCCGCAAGGCGGCAGAGCAGAAGAUCAAGGACGAAGAGGAGGAGAAGAAGGCGCAGGAGAAGGUGGCCGAGUUUGAGCGCAAGGUGGAGGAGCGCCGCCAACAGCUCGAGGCAUGGAGAACGGGCCGACAGAGGCAGUAG